AUGGCCCUACCCACUCUUCAGUUCCUCGCGGGGCUCCUGCUCCUGAUAUACCUUCUCUCCUUUGUUCUUUUCGCUUUUAUCCGCAUCGCCACAGGCGUCUCUAUUCAACGGCUUGGCCUCAGAGGCUUGCGACGCAUCGCUUUUACCCCCAAGGAUGGUCUGCGCAUCGAGAUUCGUGGCCUCGGCUUUAGCCUCCACCGGCCCACCUUUGCCCAGCCAACAGUUGCCAGCAUCGUCCUGGACGAGCUCAAAGUGACUGUUGACCUAAAAGCGCUUGGUGAGAGGUCACGGAAGAGGGCGGGUUGGACACAGUGGACCAACGGGACUACGAAUACGGGCAAGAACGGCCACCCCCCCUCCGACGAAGCCACCCCUGGCGAUACGACCGACGACGAGACACCAAGAAGCCUGACAUGGAAGCGGUUGACAGACGCCAAGGAGAAGAUCAAGCGUCUACAUCGGAACAUUCAUUGGCUGUGCCAGGUUGAUUUGGUAGCCAAUGCGUCCUCUCUUGUCAUUAUCGACGUGGGAUCGGUACAUGUUGGGGGCCUGCAGUUGGCCGUCGACACCAGGCGCAAGACUGUCGACCGCAAUAGGCUCUUCAACCACCACAAAGCCAAGCCCGAUCAAGAACAAAGACCUGCUGAAUGGCUCUUGACUGCUCGCAGUAUACUCUUUACGCCUGAGGGCAGAGAAUCAACAGAGUUGCUCGAUGGCUUCAGCCUGAACAUUCAUGGCUUCCUUAAGAAGGAGCUUGAAGGCUUGCGUGAUGCCUCCAUUGCCCUCAAACUCGGCCGUCUCAACAUCCCGUACGACGAUAUCAAGCUGUGCGUGGACAGAGCCCAAAAGUGCCGCGCCACUACCGCCCAGAAGCCGUCUCGUGUCAGUCCAACAGACACUGCCCUCAUGCAUGUUGCCGAAGAAAGUGAUAGCCCUGGCAACUGCGAAGAAACGCUUACCCAUACCGUUUCUGACUCUCGUGAGUUCGCCAGCUCCAUUCUUCGCGGCAUACACGAGUUUCAGUUCGCCGUUGGCUUCCUUGGCCUUACAAAACAGAUCGAGACUGGCCAAAAAUCAGAGCCUCCUGUUUAUCUCAACCUUUCUAUGAAGGAAGUUGGCAUGGACCUGCUUCGCUUAGACCCUCGCAGCCCUGCACAUCGCAUGUACUUUUCACCCAAUGACAUUGCACAUCAAGCUCUUCUUGCUGCCAUAUCCAUAUCCAUCGGUAUCGACAACAGUGACGGUCAGUGUGAUCGUCUUCUCUACGUUCCCAUGGCGACGACUACGCUGAACACAACAUUACCUUCUAAAACCAUUCAUUUCUCCAAUGACAAGGACAGCGCAGAGCGCAAUACCAAUAUUUUAUUUGCUAAUCUAGUCGUUACAUCCCCAUCGCUGGACCUUGACCCCAAACAUCUCCCGCUCCUUGUGGCUAUUUUCCACAACUACGAGUCACGUCAAAAGCCGCAAAAAGUGAGGAGUCGCAAGCCCUUCUUGUUUCGUCGUCUUCUACCAAAAGCGAACAUCAAAAUUUCGAUUCACGAGCCCGUCAUUCGAGUCACUCUUCCACCGAUGGACGUCAGUAAGCGCGACACUGACGAGUUCGACCUUCUCAUCUCAGCGUCAUCUUCCAUAUCUCUGGAUAUGGAGUCAUCCCAUGCUGCAGGCGGUGACUUGCAUUAUGCGCUCAGCUCGACUUUCCGCAUGAACGCGCAGCAGUUGUAUUACCAAACAACCACUGUCGAGACACAUGACCUGCUGUUGACGGACUAUCUUGAAGUGAAAGUACAAAUGAGCGCUGCUCCGGAUCCAGUGGUUGAAGUAUGGGGCACAGCGCAAACAUUCUCUCUCUAUUUAGUCCGGCCUGAAAUCAGCGAGGGACUGCGCCAGAUCGUCACACAGAUGCAGAAAAAUAUGGGCAGUAGGCGUAACGGACUCAAGCAGAAAGAAAUGAACAUGCUGCGAAGGUUACCCAUGUGGAUGGCUUACGUGCAUCUUCAAGGAUCAGACUUCAAUGUCGAAGUAGCCGGUGUAGACCCCGCAGUAUCAAAACACAGCCGUGGAAUCGCUCUGCAUUUGGAAUCGUGGACAGCAGAGUACAAGCAAGAUCGAGGAGAUGAUAUGGAUCUCAAGCCUAUCAGACGGCGUGCUCCAAGUCGAACAAUCAAUCGAGAUGAUCACAUGCUUCGAUCACCUCCUGCUACCCCGAAAUCACCCAAGAGACCUUCGGGCAAUCCAACUGACGGCAGACGUGUUGCUAUACAUUUCAAGGGCCUGGAAGGACUCGUCAUCGAGGAAGACGACCAAUCGGAACAAGAGCCAACAUUGUCAUUACCCCAGAUGGAGAUUGUUUUCAACACCCUCUCUGACAAGCAAGGCCCUAUUUUCCACGUUCACAUGUAUUGUCAGAGCUUAUUUCUGCGCUACUCCUUGUACCGCCACUUCGCCUUGUGCAUGGCGAUACAAGUGCUACAGCAAUCCUUCAAUCUGGGUGGGUCAAAGGCGGCAGAGCCUACUACGCCUUUAGCAUCACCGCGACAUUUGUCUGUGCCCUCCCUUGGUGACGAUCUUAUCGAUCCCAUGAGCAAAAUCAAUCGCGAGAUUGUAACGGUCGACAUCAAAACUCAUUUCCUCCAAAUUAAAGCGGAUAUGCCUGCCGAUCCACCUCUAAUGGUUCAAGUUUAUGAAUUAGAAGCAGGCAAGCAUCGCUGGUCAAGUCCAUUCCUCAGGUCGCGUCUGAUCCGACUCUUCGCCGAGAAUCCAGCAAUCAAGAAGGUUUGGAGUCGAAUCAUUAGUGUCAAGUCAUUACGUAUGGACUAUCGACAGUCGAAGCUAAGAUAUGGUCAUACCAUCACAGAUGAGAAAUUGUUUGACAUUGCAACGGAUGCAAUCAGGAUGAGCGUGCCUCAUCAGCUGGUCAUGCACAAAGUUUUUGACAACAUUGCUAAUGUCAUGAAGACUGGCAAGCAACUGCAUCAUCGCUUUAGGACUGGUACCAACGAAUAUGUUCUGGAGAAAGAAGCCGAAGGGCCCAAAGUGGUGCCAAAGAUCUCAUUGCGGAGCCGUGCGGUACUCUUCGAGCUAGAAGACAAUGCUUUUGAAUGGAAACUCGGCACCAUAUACCGCAUUGGGCUGAUGGAGCAGAAACAGAGACUCGCUCGUGAGCAUGCUUUUGACUUGAAAGUACGAAAGUUGCAGGAGGAGCAACGUGGCAACUCGCGUUUUCGUGCAAAGUCAUCCCACGACCCUUCAAGAGGGAAACUGAAGAAGAAAGAAAAGGACCUCAGGUUCCAUCGGCGCACCAAAAGUGCAGAAUCCAAUGGCAGCAGUUCGCCAGAACGUGGUCGUUCAGAUCAUCCUAUGCGAUAUAACAAAGACGGCUUUAGUGGAUUGAGUGGCUCACACCGGACCUCCAUACAAGAUGCUCGCAUAAAGCUCAAUCGUUUGAAUGCUCAGACCUGGAAGAAGCGCAUCGACUCUGCAAUGUCGGGUGAACACCGAGCAAUGGAUGAGUUUCGUUCAACGUUUUGGGGCUUGGACGAGUUGCCUGAUGACAUCGAACAAAAGGAAACCAUCCUAGCUGUUCCUCAACGCCCCGCUCUCAUGUCACUAGCUGUGAGUGACUUGGAGAUUGUUAUUGACAAGCCCUCUUUCCCCAUCUCGGAGUACCCUCGCUUCUUGAACCGGGUUGGUAAAGGCAUGCCAUUCGAUACACAAUACGCUUUGUUGAUACCAAUGCAUGUCCAACUCCAAAUGGGUGAAGCCAAAAUAAGCCUCCGAGACUACCCACUGCCUUUGAUACACUUCCCAGCCAUCGGCAACAUACAAUCAUCACGCCUCCCAAGCGUGUCAAUGAGAACAGAUUUCGUGAUUGCUGAGGAGUUCCGGGAUAUCGAAUCUUCACGUGUCAGUCGAGUUGUCGUUGUACCACCAGAGCGGAACUCGGCAGGAGAGCUUACAGGUGGAUAUGCAGUCGAUGUUCGCCGCACUGUGGCGCCUGUGAAGACUUACUCUGACAUGGCGAUUGACAUCAAUUCUUCAUACCCAACCAGGAUCACCUGGGGAACAUCGUAUCAGCCUGCAAUUCAGGACAUGAUGCAAAUUAUCGAAAACUUCACCAAACCUCCCGUGGAUCCUUCAGAACGAGUUGGAUUCUGGGAUAAGAUCAGAUUGACAUUUCACUCUCGAAUCAAUGUUUCGUGGAAAGGCGACGGGGAUGUUCAUCUCAUUCUCAAAGGUUCGCGGGAUCCGUACAUGGUCACUGGCCACGGUGCAGGUUUUGUCAUGUGUUGGCACAACGACGUCCAGCUCAGCCUGGCCGAAGACGAAGACCCAAGAAACUUCAUGGUUGUCAAGAGCGGAGGUUACGUACUCGCUAUCCCAGACCUGACCCAUUAUGCCCGCCAGGAGACCGAGGCUGAAACUAAUGAAUACGAUGCGUUCCGAGGUUUCCGUAGUCACCACAUUCACAUGUCCAUUGCUAUCGCUGCUCCCUAUGAUCGAGAAUGGUCCGUUGCUAAUUUGGAGCCAUCGAGGACUUAUAACAGUGUCCAUCUCUCCCCUCGUUUCUUCACCCAUUUCUACAGUUGGUGGUCCAUGUUCUCUGGAGCCAUGUCAUUGCCCGUACGUCAAGGCAAGCUUUGGCCUGGAGUAGAAAAGUCGAGCAAGAAGUUCGGGCGACACCUUGCGACCAUCAAGUACAAUCUCUUAUUGUCGCCACUGUACAUGAGUCACAUAUACAAGCACAAGGACAUGGAGGACUACGGCGCAGGCGGUGUUUCCGCGACUGGACUCAAAGCUCGUCUGGACAGCUUCAUGUUUGACUUACAUCAGCGGCGAGAAGAGUUCCGGACCUUGGUUCAAGCACCGGAGGGUCAACAGAAUAGUAGGCAAAACCAAACCAGUGGUAUGCGAAUAAACCAGGUCCAGCUCGACUUUAUUCGAACAGACAUCCGUGCUGUGUCUGCAAGUAUUGCUGGAACUGGAUUGGACGACUUGGACAAUUUGGGCCCAGAUGACUUUAGUAGUCAUAAUCAAGAAUACCUUACGGCCGACCUUUCAAAGUUCAACAUACCCGACAACGAUCUCGGAUGGGUAGAUAUGGACGACUUCAUCGAACUAGGUUGGGUCUUGCCUUCGCGUAGACACCCAGAAACACAAAUCCUACCGCUCGCAUUUGCGCCACGCUUCACAUACUUCCGCCAGACUGAUCACAACAACAAUAUUUCAGGCGACGAGAACAGGAAAAGCGCCUUUGGAAACGAACCUACACAUCAUUGCGUCAUUUCAGCACGCAACGAUCCACGGCGAGUGCAGUGCCACUUGAUUGAACAACGUAUCGAGCGUGUGAAAGAGCAAAUUGCUCACAAUCAACGUACCGUCGAUGAUCAAGAGCUCAAACUUAUACGUGUAACAUCAGACGAGCAGCAAGAGACAAAACAACGCCUUGUGACACUAAAGAACCAUACGCAGUUCCUUCAGCGGAAACUUGAGUUCUUAUCCACAAUGCAUGUGAGUCUGUUGGAGCGGCUAGGAGGAGCAUCUUCGGAUAGUACGGUUCGGAACCCAGAGGCAGACGGAGAGGACGAAUACUUUGAGGCAGACGAGGAUCCAGAUGCCCCAGACAGGAACAGCAAAGACUCUAACGUUCCUCCGAACCCGAUCACUGACUCAACGAACGAAUUCAACAACCGAUUCAUUAUCCACAAUAUCCAUCUGAAAUGGAGCAACUCACUGCGUAACAUCAUCCUCCGUUACAUCCAUCAAGUCAGCCAGCGUCGCGGUUUUGUUUAUUACAUGUCGCGAAGGGCUGUAAAGUUUAUCCUGGACGUUGUCGAAGAGCAAGAGAGAAAUCGAGGACCAUCAAACCGUUCGACUCAAGAGACUCCUGUGACAGUCGAAACCGAACCUGGCAUGAAUAUUGACGAAGCCAUCGCACAACUGCUGGAUGAAGGCAAGAAGUUUGUUAAUGCCGAUGACGAAGAUGCCAAAAACGAAUCUCCUUCUGGAGCUGGAGCAGUGCCAGAAGCCGUGCAUGCCAACGCGUCCAAAACGGAUGAAGACGUUGCAGACGACUACCUAUCCCAAAACUCGUAUCUUGUGCGUCUCAUUGCACCCCAGAUACAGCUGCAAAGUGAGAAAGACACAAAAUCUGCUGUCCUUGUCACGGCCAAGGGCAUUCAACUCAAGGUGCUUUCGAUCAUGGACAAGGAUCGAGUAAUGGAUGAGGUCUCUGGCCUUGUCCAGCGAAGAUUCAUUACUGCCAUGGACAGCCUGCAGAUCUUUGUGACAAAUUCCAAGACAUUCAGUAGCACUGAAGACAUUCAUAUGUACUCUGGAAGCAGCUAUGGGUCGCCUGCUGGUUCCGCAUGGCCUCCAUGGGUACCAUUCGAAGUCAUGUUUGAGUUCCACACCAAUCCGUUCGGUUUCCAGCGAGUCGUGCAGCGUACCUCGGCCAGUAUGCGAUAUGACAAGUACAAUGCGCUGCGCCUGAAGUACAAUGACGAUGUUUCAACAGCUGAUUCUUCAUCUUCUACCAAUCAUGUUGAAAGUAGGAUCGACCACCUCUGGGUAGACUUUCCACAUGUUCGAGCAAUGUGCGAUUCGAGGCAAUACUACGCCAUGUAUGUUAUUGCGCUUGAUCUCUUGCUGUACCAUGAGCCAUUGGAAAAGACACGCAAUGAACGUCUUGAGAAGAUUAUGCUAGCAUCCGAUUUCACCGAUCUUGCUGGUGCACCGAAACUGGUUAUGGGUCUGCAGGAGCGUAUUCAACAACUCGAGGAGAUCAAGACUGUCUUCCAGAUCCACGAAAAGUACUUGGACAAGCAAGGAUGGGAAGAUCGCAUUGAGGUGGAGAAGGACCUGGCUGUGUACGAGGAUGAGCUGUUCUUCGUCAUGAAAGCCAUCACCACUGCACAGCGCAAGCAAGAUGAUCGCUCGCAGACGAGAGAGUCAACAGGUCUCUUGAGAAUUUGUGUCGCAGCCUCUGACAUCGUAUGGCAUCUUCUCCGCGAGGGCGCUGAGUCUCUGGCAGAGUUCCAACUCAAAAACGUGGUGUUUGAUCGAACUGACAACAACGACGGGUCGAACGCGAACUCGAUGGAGAUUGAGCAGGUCCGUGGUUUGAACCUGCUACCAAAUGCACUAUACCCCGAGAUGAUCUCGCCCUUUUUGGAGAAUGAUCAAACGCUGCCGGAAAACGCGAAAUGUCUCAAGGUCUACCUUGUAGCCUUGGAAUCAAUUGCCGGAAUACCUGUUAUUGAGCAUUUCGAGGUUGAGCUUUAUCCUCUCAAAGUCCAGUUGGAGUACCAAAUAGGCAAGAAGCUACUUCAAUAUGUCUUCCCAACGUCUGGAGACAGCGAUGCGACUACACCCUCUCCUCUCUUGCUCAAACAUACCCUACCGAUCCAGGAUCAAGGGGAUGAUGAUGACGUCCUUCUUUCAAGUGUACCUCAUAACAUGGGAGCAUCGCUAUCAACCGACGAAGGCGCAGUGGAGUCUCUCAAACGACGGCUUACUCCGACGCUGCAACUGCCUGACCCCUCUCAGAAGAGUGACUCCAAGAAGAAAAGCCCACCGAAGAGACCUAGCAACCACUACUUCCGUUUCUUCCGCGACAAUCCAUCUCGUAGUGGAACCGAGUUCCGCCGAAACCUGCAUCCAAACUCGGCGCUGAACAUUCCCACGCCAGGCAGUAAUUCCUCUUUGUCCUCCACAAGACCAAGCUCUGUCCGAUCUGGCACAACCAACUCUAGCAUAACAUUGAACGAAUCUGAGCGCAGCGGAAAACGCUUUGCACUGUACCGUACAGGCACCAGCAUGAGUAUGGGUAUGGGCGAGAAGAAAGCCAACAAGAAGGAAAUCAGAAACGACGACUUAACGGAGAUGAUGAAUCGUGCAAGUGAAUUCAUGACGUUUGCCUACAUCAAGGUGCCAUCCAUGGUACUUUGUCUCUCAUACAAAGGCAAGAGUUCUCGCAACUUGGAAGACGUCCACGAUCUCGUUUUCCGCAUGCCCACGAUAGAGUACCGCAAUAAGACAUGGUCUAACCUAGACCUCGUCACGCAACUCAAGAAAGACGUAUUACGCGCGCUCCUUUCGCACGCAGGUACCAUUGUUGGCAACAAGAUAUCACACCAUCGCCCCUCGGCAAAAGCGCAAUCGCGCCUCCGCCAAAUCGCAAACAGCAGCACGCUCCUCACCUCCUCGCCCGACCAAUCCGUCACAGACUCAAACUCGACACUCGACCAAUCCCCCGGCGGCGCCUCAGACAUCUCCUCUGACGACCGGAUCGUCGGCCGCCGCUCCUUCGCAUCUGGCCGCGCAGGUAGCACCAUCAGCACUGUCUCCGAAGAAGCCUCAUCCUACUUCUCCGCCUCGAAACCGCCUUCAACCUCGCAGGCCCGCUCCACCCACGGCUCCAUCAUGGGCGGUCUCUCGACCCACCACAGCCCCGCCGGUGACGUCGAAGACGGGCGCGCCUUUGCCGACGAGCUGUCGCGUGUAGACAACACGGAGCCGAUCCAUGCAAAUCUGAUUCAUAGUCUAAGUCGCCAUAUCGCGGGGGUUAGCUCGCCGUUUGCAGGACACAUGCGUGCAAGGGCUAAUAGCGGGGCGGCGAGUACUAAGGCGGCGAGUGUGGCGACGGGGUUGAGCAAUGGCAAGGAUAGAGAGGAUGACGGAGCGGAGGAGGAGGUGUUGGUGGGUGCAGGUGUAGGUGCGGGUGUGGGUGAUGGGCCGAGGACGAAGAAGGCAAAGGCUUUGGGGAAGAAGUUGCUUGGUAGGGGUGGGUAA